AUGGGAAUUAAAACUCAUUAUCAAUCGUAUCACUAUCCUACAUAAAGGGUAAUGUAAUAAUAGUAAUUAUAAAUUUUUUUUUUUUAUUAGUGGAAGACCAGCUUCGAGGAAGAGAAUUUCUUCAUGUUCUUCCAUUUCUCUGCGCCCAAGCUUUUGACCUCUUGAUUUAUUCACAGUUUUGAGGAAGCUCCAAGCAUUGCACGUCUCGUAUCUAAAUUCUUAAAGACUUUUCGACUUGUCACCACUCGAGGAAGAGUUUGGAUUUCGUUGGAAAGGUUGCCACUUAGUUAAUCCAAUGGAAAGAUCCACAUCACCAACCAAACCGAAAAAACAUGUUGCUGUCUUGGCAUUCCCAUUUGGCUGCCACCCUCUGGCUCUUCUCAACCUAGUCAAGAAGCUAGCAAUGGCAGUUCCAGACAUACAGUUUUCAUUCUUCAACUUAGCAAACUCCAACAACUAUCUUUUCUCGGCAUCUGAAGCCAAUAAUCUGCCUAGUAACCUAAGACCUUACAGUGUUGGAGAUGGAGUGCCCUUAAAUCAUGUCUUUUCCGGACAUCCAAUAGAAAGAUUGGACCUAUUUAUAGAAGCCACCCCAGAGAACUACAAAAAAGGACUUGAAUUAGCAGUGGCAGAGAUGGGUCAAAUUAAUUGCUUGAUAACAGAUGCUUUCUUGGCUUUUGCAGGUGCAAUGGCUAAUGAUUUUAAUGUUCCUUGGAUUCCAGUUUGGAUACCUGUCCCCCAUUCUCUCUCCGUGCAUAUUUAUACUGACACACUACGUCAAUACUAUCGCACGAAUGAUGAUGAUAACAACUGGAAUGAUAGUGGCAAUGAUAGAAAUAAAGAGUCGAAAACCUUACAAAAUAUUCCAGGGUUAGCUGAAAUAAGAGUUGAGGAUUUACCUGAUGAAAUUAACAAAGAAACUCUAUUAUCUUGCAUGUUAGGUCAAAUGGGUCAUGUGCUUCCACAAGGUACUGCUCUUGUAAUGAAUUUUUACGAAGAACUAUACCCUAAACCCUUAUUAGACGAUCUGAAAUCCAAGAUUUCGAUAGUGCUUAAUGUGGGUUUCGUUACCCUAUCAAUGCCACCACCACCAUUGCCAUUGUCAAAUACAGAUGCUACUGGCUGUCUUUCAUGGUUAGAUACCCAAAAAACAAAAUCUGUUGCUUAUAUUAGCUUUGGAACUGUUGUUGGUAUCCCUCCUAAUGAGAUCAAAGAAUUGGCAAAAGCAUUGGAAGAAAGUAAAAUUCCAUAUCUUUGGUCAAUUAGAGACAAUUUGAGAGAAAAUUUACCAAAUGAGUUUCUUGAAAAGACAAAUUGGCAUGGAAAAGUGGUUUCAUGGGCACCACAAACUCAGGUAUUAGCACAUAGUUCAGUUGGUGUUUAUGUGACCCAUUGUGGAGCUAAUUCUGUGUAUGAGAGUGUGGCAAAUGGGGUUCCAAUGAUCUGUAGACCAGUAUUUGCUGACAACAUGAUAAAUGCAAGAAUAGUAGAGGAGAUAUGGGAGACUGGUGUGAGAGUUGAUGGUGGAGUGUUUACAAAGAAUGGUCUAAUUAAGAAUUUGAAGUUUAUUUUGGAACAUGAAGAUGGGAAAGGAAUAAGAAAAAAAGCAGAAGAUCUACAAGAGCUCAUUUUGAAAGCUGCUGCUCCAAAUGGAAAUGCUGCCCAAGAUUUCAAGAAUUUGGUGGAAGUGGUUUCAUCAAAUCAGUAAGAACUGACAUUGGCAUUGCCUGCCUGCCAAAUAGUAUUUUUACUUGAUCAAUUAAUUUGCCUGUUUUAUGCAUAAUAAACAAAUUUCAGAUAGUUUAU